GAGUUCGAGAGCCAGUAUUGAGUGAGCUGGCGGUGAGACCGUACGUGUGUUGUUGUUGUUUCCUCCGAGCGGCCCUUGGGGAACACCUGUCGUUAAAGAAGUGCAUUGGACGGAUUAAAUAAGGAUCAUCGACGUCUUCGAUUGUAGAUCCAGGAUGUUGUGGGCGUCGGUCGCCACAGUGUUGUUGGUUGGGUGGAGCUAUCCAGCUCAGGCUAUUGGGACGUACAGCAUAGUCGGAGGACGAGUCCUGCGCCCUAACAGAGACUACCACGUGGUGGUGUCCACUCAUGGGACGAAGGAUCCUGUGCAGUUCAACGUCGAAGUCGGGGGGAAACAGGAUGCAGGCGGAGGAUUAAUCCUCAACAGGCAACUGGCUGAUCUGCAGCCUGACUCAACUCAAGUCCUCAAGUUCCAAAUUGGAGACCUGGGGCCUGGUCUAUACAACCUGACGGUGACAGGUUCCGGCGGACUCACCUUCACCAACACGACGCCUUUGGAGUACGUCCACAAGUCAUACUCGGUCUUCAUUCAGACCGACAGGUCCAUCUACAAACCCGGGGACCUGGUGCAGUUCCGAGUGGUUGUGGUCAAUCCACAGCUACGACCGUCCGUGACAGGUGCUAUUGAUGUGUUCAUCAAGGACGGAGCAGGAAACCUAGUCAAGCAAUGGCGACGAGUCUUCACAAACAAAGGUGUCUGGACAGGCGAACUUCUGUUAGCCGAGGAACCCGUCCUCGGUAACUGGAACAUCACGGUCGACGUCCUAGGUCAAACGACGUCUCGUGCCUUCGAGGUGGCGUAUUACGUCUUGCCCAAGUUCGAGGUUAACGUCAAACUUCCAGCCUACGCCACGUACGACCAGAAGCAGAUCACGGCCACCGUGACAGCAAAGUAUACCUACGGUCGACCGGUCAAAGGAGAGAUCACACUUCAGGUGACCCCGACGUAUAAAUAUGGCUACCUACAGGCACCUUACGAUGACCCCAUCAGAGUGGUCAAACAGAUGAAAGGAAAGGCUGAUAUCAUUGUAGACUUGGAAAGUGAUCUGAGGUUGAAAGGCGACUACGCACGCGAACUGGAAAUAACUGCAUACGUUCAAGAGGAGCUGACGGGUCGCGUUCAGAACGCCUCGAAUCACGUCACCGUUUACCGCUACCCUUAUACUAUGUCGCUUGUCCGGACGUCUGACAGUUUCAAACCCGGACUGAAAUACACUGCCUUCCUCAAAGUUUCCUACCAAGACGACACGCCCGUGACGUCAGGAGAGGUCACCAUCAGACACACGUUCACCAGGGACGUCGAGAAGUUCGAGGAGACUGUUUACACGAUCCCCGAGAACGGCAUCGUGACCCUGGAGUUCACGCCGCCCCUGGACGACGACGUAGUCAGCCUGGCGCUGGAAGCUCAGUACCUGGAACUGACGCAGUGGUUAGGCGACAUCAUCAGGGCGCAGAGCCCCACGAACGCUUUCCUGCAGGCGACGCUGCUGACUCAGAAUGUUCACGUUGACGAGGAAGUGGCAGUCUCUCUCACUACAACUGAGUCGGUCGGAGGCGAGGUGCUAAUUGGUCUGAAUGCCACCCAGCCUAUGGUACAUUUCGUGUACGAAGUCCUGGGUCGCGGUGACGUUAUCUUUGCUCAGACACUGCAGGCCCAUAAGGGCACAACCCACGAAUUCAGAUUUUUAGCCACAUCAGCGAUGGCACCAAGAGCCCGUCUGGUCGUUUACUACGUCAAAGAUGACGGGGAAAUUGUGGCAGACUCUCUCCACUUCGCAGUGACUGGAGCAAUCCAAAAUGAGGUCACUGUUGACGUCUCUCCAGGCACUGUCGACGUAGGGGGUGAUGUUGCGAUAAAAGUUACGACCAAACCCAACGCCUUCGUAGGUGUCUUGGCCGUGGACCAGAGGUCACUCAUUUUGGGGACUCACAAUCAUUUCACGCACGAUGAUAUAAUAGAGGAACUAGAGACCUAUGACCCAGGCAGAGCCAACCUGGAAGGCCCUUGGCACAGCCUCGCCAGGCGCAAGCGCGCCUUGUUCAACUGGCAUGGCACAACUACCGCAAAUGACGUGUUCCAGAAUGCAGGAGUGGUGGUUCUGACCAACGGCUUGGUUCAUGAUUAUAACCCAUUCUUGUCCCGGUUCAUUCCUGCCGGAGAUGGACCCGUCGACGGCUCCCAGUUCGAUCCCUUCGACCGCCCGAACGCCAUCAACGCCUCCUUCGGAAGAGAGUUCGCUCCUGUAGGGGUCUCAACGCUGCGUCCCGAUCUAGGGCCAGGCGUGGCCUACCGCGCCCCGACCAGACCGCCCUUGGCAGGGCCUUACGCCUUCUCCUUCCUCCCGCCGCCCCCGGAUAGCCGCCCAAGGCUUUAUCUCCACGAGGCCGUGCCGCCCACGUGGCUGUUCAAAAACACCCAGACCAAGUUCAACGGUGUGGUGACGUUGCGCGAAAAGGCUCCAGAUGCUAUUACGUCAUACAUCGUAUCUGCCUUUGCAGUCGACGAUCUGUUCGGACUCGGAGUCUCACAGCGCUCUGCCAAGCUGCAAGUCUUCCGGCCCUUCUUCGCGUCCUUACACCUGCCCGAGAAUGGAGUCCAACGAGGUGAGGCCGUGGCUGUGGAAAUGAUCAUCUUCAACUACGAGGAGAGUGACAUCAUCGCCGGAGUCACUCUGGACAACACAGGGGACUUCCUCUUUGCGGAUUUUGCUAACGAGAUUGAGGAGAGUUCCCCGUCCUCUAGCAAGACGCGAGAAGUGAGCGUCCCAUCUGGAAGCGGAGCUCCAGUGAGCUUCAUGAUCGUCCCGCAAGUUCUGGGCAACAUCGAGAUUAAGGUCACGGCGUCGUCUGGAUCAGCCGUUGAUGUCGUUUCCAAGCAUUUGUUAGUCAAGCCUGAAGGUUCCAGGGUUACCGUGAACAAACCCGUGUUGCUUGAUUUGAGAAGUAAGCCAUCGUUCAGCACUACGAUUAACGUGACUAUGCCACCUAAUAUCGUGAAUGACUCCCGGGCUAUUGCUGUCUCUGUUAUUGGUGAUAUAUUAGGUCCAGCAGUGACCAACCUGGAGAGCUUGUUGGAGCUGCCAACUGGCUGUGGAGAGCAGAACAUGGCCAAGAUGGUGUCCAACAUUGUCCUCAUGGAAUACCUCAAGAACAAAAACCAGUUAAGCGAGGCCAUGCAGGGUCGCGCCAAACGCCACCUGGAAACUGGAUACCAACAGCAGCUCUCCUUUAGGCACGCAGAUGGUUCCUUCAGUGCCUUCGGCAGCAGAGACGAUUCUGGAAGUACUUGGUUGACGGCUUUCGUCGCCAAAUCUCUAUCCGACGCUUCGCGCCACAUCGACAUCGAGCGGGAAAUCAUCGACGUAGCCGUCGAGUGGUUGGUCGACCACCAGGAGGUUGACGGAAGUUUCAAGGAAGUUGGAACCAUUAACAACGAGGCCAUUCAAGGAGGAGCUUCUCAAGGGAUUCCUCUCACCGCUUUCGUUCUCAUAGCCAUGAUGAAUACACAGAACCCUCCAAACGCCAAAACACGUAACGUCAUCAACAGAGCCGUUGACUUCUUGGCGACAAAUCUAGAAGUCGUGGACGACGUCUACAGCUUGGCCAUAACCACCUACGCCCUUCACCUGGCUGACCACCCACUCAGGGACUCCGCCUUUUAUAAGAUGGAGGCCAAGGCGCAGGUUUUAGACGAAAUGAAAUGGUGGUGGUCAGGACCCCUUAUGAAGACCAUCGAGACCUCCAGGGAGUCGCGGCCCCUCGACGUCGAAGCCACGAGCUACGCCCUUCUGACCUACAUCCUCCGGGGUCUCACGAGAGACGCCCUUCCAGUCAUGGAAUGGCUCGUCAAGCAGAGGAAUCAGCAUGGCGGCUUCCAGUCUACGCAGGACACUGUCGUAGGAAUGACAGCCUUAGCAGCUCUGGCUGCUAAACUGUCUACCUCAGACCCUCAGGUGAAUAUUCAGCUCAUCUAUGGCGCCCGUGGCAAGAACUUGCAGAUCACGAGAGACAACACGAUGCUCUUGCAGAGGCUGGAACUUCCAGGAGACACCGAAAGCAUCAAGCUCUCGGCCUCCGGCUCUGGCGUCGCAGUCCUCCAGGUCACGUACCACUACAACGUCCACGUGACCGCCCCGAAGCCUUCCUUCUCCCUAGAUCCUCAGCUAGACACAGAGACGGACUCAAAUCGCCUACGGUUGACCUCCUGUCUCGGGUACACUGGAGGUAACGCGAGUAAUAUGGCCGUCAUGGACGUAUCUUUGCCCUCAGGAUACAUAGUUGACAAUGAUCUGAUCCCUGGUCUCUAUGAUUACACGGGAGUGAAGCUCGUCGAGAAGAAAGCUGACGAUUCUGGUGUCUUAGUCUACUUUGACCAGCUGACUGCAGCCGAGGUCUGUCCCACUGUGGCUGCUUAUCGCGUCAACAAAGUGGCCUUCCAGAAACCUUCCGCUGUGGUGGUUUAUGAUUACUAUGAUACCACACGUAGAGCCCGUCGAUUCUACAAAGCCUUGCCAGCAACCCUCUGUGACAUCUGCGACCUUGACGACUGUGACCCCGGCCAGUGUCAGGAGCAGAUAAUUGAGCUGAACAGGCAGCAACAGGAUCCAGAAGACGUCUUCCAGCCAGCGACCAUCACUGAGAUCUCAGUAGCCUCGUCCAUUCCAUCUGGUUCAAUUAUUAUUUCCGGGAUGCUUACUCUUCUUCUUCUUCUUGGGCAACGCCACUGAGAAAUUGGGUCGUUUUGUUUUGAUUGAUUUCCGUGCAUUUUCUUUCAGUGGAAUGACUGAGAAGAUUGGUGUAUAGAACCACGAAAUAGCUUUGAAACACUUAAAAAUUAUAUUGGCAAUAACAUUUGUAUACAUUAAACAUGAACGAACUGCACUGGAAAGUGUUUCAGAACUCUUUCCAGCGGUUUUACAUUCCAUAGAUAAACGGCUUCAAUUCCAGUUGUCUGUCGCAAGAGAACUCCUAGCGAGGUGUUUCCUUUGUUACUUAGAAGCUCCAGAAAGGUCCCUUGUAUCCUAGGGGGAAAAAUAAGACGAAAAGGUGUUCUAAUAAUCUAAACACACAGCAGGGUUUCAGAAUCCCCAAUAGUAGUAGUAGCUAGAUGGCUUACGUUUUCUCCACACUGUCAAAGUUUUCAUCACAGCUGUCAUCGAAUGUGCUGGUGGCACUUGAUGUGACUCGCGUCUCCGAGAGUAUGUUCAUAUCCUGAGCUGUUGUAUGUUGUUACUAGGCCUAGUAGACCUAGUGUAAUAUGAGAACUUGGGGAAAUGGAAAAUUUCUUAGGUCUUCCUGUUGACUUAUCGAUGAUAAUUAGCUGGAAAAUUAACAAAAUGGCUUUGGAGUGUGAGGGAUUAUUUGAAAACAUUAUCUCUAUUAAGUAAGUCAGUUUCUUAUAGUACAUACCACGUAACUUCUUUUCAUUUGAUAUCUCCUAACACGUAGGUUUCUUUUAAUACUUUCAACCCUAUUCACUAUAGAGAGAGAAGAACUGAUGAACAGCAAGGGGUAUGGUCAUACUCUCACCAAAGCUCUCCCGCACAAAUCGUGGGUAUUUGUACUUCAGCCAAGAAUUGUGCCUCAGCAGAUGUAAGUGGUAACGCAUGAAGGUGUCAUUACCAGCGUUAGAAUUCUUGCGAAACUCGACCACUCUUUGCGUAAUAUCCUUUCAACCCAAUUUUCCAAAAAUGUAACGGUAUUUGUAUAUGCGUUUAGAGUGCAUAGCUUUUUUCGAAAUCCGAGCAUCAGUUCUCCAAUUUGGUUAUUGUUCUUAUACGAGACCCAAAAAACUUGAAAUGUAUAUGAUCCUAUUUAUUAUUCUUGGGAUUACGAAUUGUUAACCUGUGCAAAACCCUUCAUUUUCACUGGUACUGCAUACAUGUAUUACUAGCCUUGACUGGUGACUGGGGACAACGGCUGAUGGACGACUGCCAAUGUUGUGGACUUGGCUUAGGGAACCCAAGUGGUCAGAGCCAUUGAAUGCACUGGCACAAAGGCAGCAAGUUCAAGAGGUCUGAUGUAGACGACUGGACUUCAUCCGACCAACUGAGACCAGUUGAAAUUCAACCGUCUAACUGUUUUUUUUUAAAGGCCUUCAACAUUUUUAUUAUUUUUUGUGACGCGCAAAUGAUCGUUGAAGAUCUGGGUGCAUAAAUCUAAAGUGUUUUUAGCUUAUCCUUGUUGGUUGAUCUUGUGUUGUAUAUAGGUCUGUUGCUCCCAGAAGUGUACAGGUAGGAAGAUUUACUAUCUGUACACUGUACACUGUAACCAUGCACAUUUUCUUAAGCAUUUUCCCACUUUUAAUACCUUCCAGGGGCUGUUGUCACAAUAACUGUAUCAUAUAUUUGUCAGAAUGAAGUUAGUAGCGUAAUAACAAUUAUUCUUGCUUAUUUUCUUGAAGGGACAAUCGUAUUGAUUUUUUGGCUGUGAAUCCUGGCUGACAAAACUCAGAACAUUAUAUUUUUUGCUAAUGCCCUUUAAAAACGAUUAAAUGCCCAUCUCUCGCCUUUAUCUAAUUCUCAUCUACGUUGCUUUGUUUUAUAAUGCUUAAACAUUCCAGUAUCUGAAGAAAGUUAAAGCUUUAACAUAAAUAUUUUUUGUAUUCGAAAUAUGUGUGCGUGAAGAUAUUUUGACACGUAAAGAACUGUACUAUAUAUCUAAGGAGAGACUAGUGCUGCAUAGUACGAUUGUACUAUAGUAACCUUCCAGUAUACUUUUAUUAUUAUUAUCACUGUGAUAUAGGUUUUAAUAGAAAGUUUUUUUUUGUAAUAUACUGAAUUGUUGUGAACUGGUUGAAGGUAACUGGAAAAAUGAAUUAAAAAAUCUUUCCCAUUUAUUGUGUACAGUUUUUUAUUCUUUGACUUAGAGUUGUUGAUGAAAGUGAUUUUGUCUCAUGGCAAAUGAAAAUUGCUGAAAUACAUAAAGAGAUACAGA